AAAAGUAGAAGAAAAGGAGGCAGAAGCAGGUAUGAUGUGGUGGAUGUUGUGAGUGGUGCGCAGGGUGGCCGGGCAGGUACAAGAAAGAUGGCAGCUGCGGCAGUGGCUGAGUUCCGGAGAGCACAGUCCCUUCUUGGAUCGGACCGAGACGCCUCCAUUGAUAUCCUACAUUCAAUUGUGAAACGUGACAUCCAGGCUAGCGAUGAGGAGGCUCUGCGUGUUAAAGAGCAAAGCAUCCUGGAACUGGGUGGACUGCUGGCCAAGACAGGACAAGCUACAGAGCUUGGUGGUCUCUUGAAGUAUGUGCGACCAUUCCUCAACUCUAUCUCUAAGGCCAAAGCCGCCCGACUGGUCCGCUCCUUGCUCGACCUGUUCCUGGACAUGGAUGCUGCCACAGGUCAGGAAGUAGAGCUUUGCUUGGAGUGCAUUGACUGGGCCAAGGUUGAGAAGAGGACAUUCCUCCGACAAGCUUUGGAGGCUCGGCUUAUUUCACUCUAUUUCGACACAAAGUCUUACCAGGAAGCUCUACAACUCGGCUCCCAGUUGCUGCAGGAGCUGAAGAAAAUGGAUGACAAAGCCCUGCUGGUGGAGGUCCAGCUGUUGGAGAGUAAAACAUAUCACGCCCUCAGUAACCUGCCAAAGGCUCGAGCUGCGCUCACCUCAGCCAGGACAACCGCCAACGCAAUCUACUGCCCGCCAAAACUACAAGCAGCUUUAGAUAUGCAGUCAGGGAUCAUUCAUGCCGCUGGGGAGAAAGACUGGAAGACGGCUUAUUCCUACUUUUAUGAAACCUUUGAGGGCUACAACUCCAUCGACAGUCCCCGAGCCAUUACAGGACUCAAGUAUAUGCUGCUCUGCAAAAUCAUGCUCAACGCACCAGAGGAUGUCCAAUCCCUCAUCAGUGGCAAGCUUGUGCUGCGGUAUGCUGGCAGACAGACAGAUUCUCUGAAAUGUGUGGCACUGGCUAGCAAGAAUCGGUCACUUGCAGACUUUGAAAAGGCACUCACCGAUUACAAAGCAGAACUGAGGGAGGAUCCCAUCAUCCGAACCCAUCUCACCAAACUAUACGACAACCUGCUGGAGCAGAACCUCAUCAGGGUCAUUGAACCUUUCUCCAGAGUGCAGAUAGCACACAUUUCCUCCCUCAUUAAACUCUCCAAGGGAGAUGUCGAGAAGAAAUUAUCGCAGAUGAUUCUGGACAAAAAGUUUCAUGGUAUUUUAGACCAAGGUGAAGGCGUGCUCAUUGUCUUUGAGGAACCUGUGGUGGACAAGACGUACGAGGCAGCACUGGAGACGGUUCACAACUUGAGCAAGGUGGUGGACUCGCUUUACAACAAAGCCAAGAAGCUAACCUAAGAGUAAAACAGCAGUCUUUUGGUGUCAUCAGGGCCAGUCAGACACACUUCAACCCCUGCAGGGAAGAGGAAGGAGAUGAGGGGGCAAGGACUUAAAAUAACAAAACUUGGAGACUGGUGAGAUGGACACACUUCUCCCUUCUAUACUCGGCCCCUUUCGUCUGCUUGGCCCAAUCAGGUCAGGUGCUCCUCCUUGUGGACAUAUCUAGGCACUGUGCCCUUUUUCUUCAGCUGUUUCUAUUGUAUGUAAAAUAGGUCAACUUUCCUUCUCUUUCUGUGCUGGCCACCACGGAGUCUUGUGAAAGAAAAAAAUACACCAACACAGCACUAACACAUAAGUUUAUCAUAAAAUCAACAAGAAACAACAAUUAGAAAGAAACAUACAGAUGUAAAUGUAAAUAUGGCUCGAUUGGAUUCUACCUAUUUUACUUGUUAACGGUCUGUUCGACUAUGGACUCUGCCCGUCCCGGCAUUAGUACUAGCAUACGCGGCGGCACAGGCCCCCUUUAAACAGGCUCAGCCACAAAAAGUAUUUUGGGAGUGGACUACACUGUUGCUUUAAGACGGCGCCGCAAGAAGACCUUCAUCAUGUUAGCGUCGUGCCACUCACCCUCAUUUGACCUCCUCUUUGUAUAUAACAUGGCCAAGCUUGUUGGCCAAGUUCAUGCAAUGUCCCAUGUAAUUAUAAGGUCUCUUUUUUUUAUUUUUUUUUAUAACAUGUCAAUCUCACCAGUGAGGGCACGAGCAGUGCUUGCAGUGCUCACGUGUCUGAGCAGGCGAGGGACCUUGACAAAUUCAACCUGUGGAACCCUGAAAAUGUCGUUUUACAGCAACCGAGGGUUUAACAUACAUUAAAUAAGUGCUAAUAAAGACAAAUUUGACUUUG